AUGUGCAGCUCUGAAGAUGACCCCCUGUCCUUUUCCUUCAGAGGAUCUGAGGACAGCAGGAGGUCCAGCUGUGGCCAUCGCUCUGAAGGAGGUUUGCCCAACUCUGGCAUUGGCAAAAGCCAAGAGAAUGUCUCCAGCUGUGUCACAUCUGACAGCGGCAGGUUUUCACCCCAAGCUGAAGCAGAUCUCACCUAUGAUGGGAUGGACUGCUCCAGCAGCGGCUGGUCUGAGGAGACUGGGCAGCGUGGAAGCAGCAGGAGUGUUCUGCAGAAGUCGGUUUCUUGUGUCUCUGCUCUUGGACUGGAACCAGUCCUUUCUGAACUGGAACCUCCUCCUACUCCAGCGUCAUCGUUUUCUACCCGGAUUGGGGUUGCCAGAAGGCCUCAGGAGUGGCUCCUCCCUGCUGGGAUGCUGCCCGCAACCUACGUGACCAUCUUCUUACUGCUAGCUUGCUGUUUCUCCAUCAGCAUCCUGUAUGGUUCCACAUUCCUUGACCACGUGGCUUUGAUGUGGCUGAUCUCCUCCGCCUUUGCUUUCAUCACUUCUUUCUUCUUCCUGGAGCCGCUGAAGGUGGGGAUUGGAGCCCUGCAUGCUGCUCUCAUCAGCAAGCCAGUGGAGAGCGAGGCUGAGGGACUGGUGGAGAAGCCCCUGGUGAAGCAAAUGCCUGAGCGAGUUGGGAAGGUGCGGGUGCCCUGUGGAUAUGGGCUGCUGCAGGCCAAGGAGGAGGCCAAGAAAGUUCGCGCUCUCAAGAACUUGAUGUGGAACUGCAUCACGUACAUGCUCUUCCUUCUGGUGGUGCUGACCAUCAAUUAUCAGAGAUGCUUCCAUGACAGCAAUGUCCAUCUCUUGCAUGCUGCCGUCAAACAGGCCAUCUCGGUGACAAAUGAUAAUGGUCUGAACUUCGCUUCUGUGUGCAGCCACUCUGACACACUGGAAUGGAUAGACACGGUGCUAGUGAACUACCUUUACAACAACCCUACCCUGACACUAGUAGGAGUGCCUCGACUCCAGCACCAAAGCUCCACUGCAGGCCUGCUCAUGGAUCCAGGGCUUUCCCGGCCUGAAUUUGCAUUUCAGAUGUGCCAUUUCGGUACUGCCAACAGCACCUGUCCGCUUUGUCACUUGUCUGACUUUGGAUCAGAGGCCUCCCAGAGUAGUCAAACUGACAGAGACACAUGCUCUGAAUCAGCGCAGCACGAUUCCUUUAGGCUUGGGAUCUGGGGUCGUGCAGGAUUUUACCACAUGAAUGCUGGCUGUGCAAAGGAGCUUGGGAACAACUCUGCAGAGGCCCGGAGGAUGCUGCAUGACCUGCGAGCAAGCAACUGGAUCCACAAAAGGCAAAGUGCCGGAGCCCUUUAUCUGUAUUUGGAACUCAGCCUUUAAGCGGAGGCAGAAAUCAAUGCAUGUGCAAUUUUUCUUGAGGAA